AUGCAGCAACUGAAAUCAAUAGAGGAAGUCCUGGAAUUACACUCAGAAAUGUUUAAGGAUGAACUGAGCACGCUACAUGGCAUCAUGGCCAAAAUUCUCGUAAACCCAGAAGUCAACCCAAAGUUUUGCAAGAGCCGCCCACUACCAUUUGCCAUGAAGUCAAGGGUGGAUGCUGAAUUAGACCGACUGAAGAAAGCAGGCACAAUCUCGCCCGUUAAACACAGCGAGUGGGCUGCUCCGGUGGUAUCGGUUAUAAAGAGAGACAAUACAAUUUGCUUGUGUGGAGAUUACAAAUUAAUUGUCAAUCAAGCUGCCACUACAGAGACCUACCCCCUGCCUUGGAUUGAGGAGCUGAUGGCAACGCUGAGUGGCGGGACAGUGUUCUCAAAGAUUGACCUUGCCUCAGCGUACCAGCAGGUCCCUCUAGAUGAUGAGUCGAAGAAGCUACUGACCAUCAACACACAUCGAGGUGUAUUCCUGUACAAUAGACUAGCCUUUGGGGUUAGCUCCACCACCUCCAUAUUCCAACAGAUUAUGGAAAACCUCAUGAAAGAUCUGGAUGUAGUUGUUUAUUUAGAUGACUUGUUGAUCACAGGAAAAACUGAACAAGAUCAUGUGCAGAAGCUGCAGAAGGUGUUACAGAGACUCCAGGAGAGUGGCUUGAGAGUCAAGAAAUCCAAAUGCAAGUUUGGGAAAAAGCAAAUUGAAUAUUUGGGGCAUGUGUUGAACAACCAUGGUAUUUAUCCAUCUCCAGACAAGUUAAAGGCAAUCAAAAACACACCAGUGCCUUCAUGUGUGAAAGAGCUGAGAGUGUUUUUGGGGUUAAUGAAUUAA